AUGGCUUCCACUACAACGGGACAGGAAGACCUCCAUCAUGAGAAGGAAGUCCCCGCGGUCACUUCCGAUCCAGAGGCCGGUCAGGAAACCCAGCUCACUGGUAAACCCUGGAUGUACAAGCCAUUUAAGAUCGGUCCCUGGUCGUUGCCGUACUAUGCCUCCCCAGAAGCCCAACUUCUGCUGGUCUCCUUCGUGUGUUUCCUCUGCCCGGGCAUGUUCAAUGCAGUCAGCGGUUUGGGCGGAGGUGGUCAGCUGGACCCCACCGACGUCAGCGAUUCGAACACCGCUCUGUACAGCACCUUCGCAGUAGUUGGUUUCUUCGCCGGGUCCAUCGCAAACCGCAUUGGUCUCCGCCUGACUCUCUCUAUUGGUGGCUUUGGCUACUUCCUCUAUGUGGCUUCCCUUCUGUCGUACAACCAUAACAAGAACUCCGGCUUCCUGAUCUUUGCGGGCGCGCUACUGGGUGUCUGCGGUGGUCUGCUGUGGUGUGCGCAGGGUGCGGUCAUGAUGAGUUACCCGAACGAAAAGGAGAAGGGUAAAUUCAUUGCUAUUUUCUGGGUGAUUUUCAACCUGGGUGGUGUGAUUGGCAGCUUGGUACCUUUGGGUCAAAACCUGCACUCUGAAGCUGGUCAGGUGAAUGAUGGCACCUACAUCGCUUUCAUGGUGCUCAUGGCGCUUGGUUUUGUCCUUGCCUGGGCCCUCUCAGACUCGAAGUAUGUUAAGCGCAAGGAUGGCUCGCAUGUCAUUGUGAUGAAGAACCCCACGUGGAAGUCCGAAUUGAAAGGUCUCUACGACACCAUUCGGACCGACUACUACAUCAUCCUGUUCUUUCCCAUGUUCUUGGGGAGCAACUGGUUUACUGCCUAUCAAUUCAACAGUGUCAAUGGUGCUUUUUUCACCAUCCGGACGCGGGCCCUCAACAAUCUCCUCUACUGGCUUAUGCAAAUGAUUGGCGCAUUUGUAUUCGGCCAGAUCCUCGACUUGAAGUUCCUUACCCGCCCAGUCCGAGCCAAGCUUGGUCUUGGACUCCUUUUUGCCCUCACAAUGGGCGUUUGGGGCGGUGGUUAUGCCUUCCAGAAGACAUACACACGGAAGGAUGUCGAGGCAGAUACCGACUGGACGACCAGCGGCUAUGUAGGACCCAUGUUCUUGUACAUGUUUUAUGGUUUCUAUGACGCUGCCUUCCAGACCUGUGCAUAUUGGUUCAUGGGUUCACUGACUAACAACGCUCGAAAAUUGGCCAACUUCGCCGGCUUCUACAAAGGCAUCCAGUCUGCUGGUGCAGCUGGCAUGUGGCGUAUGGAUGCCGUGGGAACCCCUUACAUGACGGAAUUUGCCUCCUGCUGGGGCCUGCUCGCCGGCAGUCUUGUCAUCGCGUCGCCCGUAGUGUUCUUGAAGAUCAAGGAGCAUACCGACGUCGAAGCGGACCUCAACUUUUCGGAUGAGACCGCUCAAGAAGUGGGUGUUCCGCUGGAAGACCAUCCUUCCGAGAAGAAGCAGGAGCCGGAGUUGGCUAUCGUGAAAUGA